GCCAGGUGCCAUGCAGAUUGUUGGCCCAAUGUGCAGGCCACCCACCAUCAGCCACUCUCAGAAACAACAAGGCUGGCUACCAAUGAAUGAAGCUGAUCGGAGGCCUUGUAGGCAACCUCACACCCCCAGCUACUCUCAUAAGGCCUGUAUUUAUGGCUACCAUUGCCAGCUCUGGCACCCCGCCCCUGCCGACUGUUCUCCUCACAUUCACAUUCAUUUUCCCAUCCGCAUCGCUAGCACCUGCACAAGACAAUCACUACCAUGGCCCCUGCCAAGGAUAUCCCCCGCACUGCCAACCAACCCCGGAGGCGGACGGGAAACGUUUUCAUCUACAUUGACAAUUCGAACCUUUGGAUCCAGGGCCAGAGGACAUACGCCGAGAAAUACAAGCAGAACGCCGACCGAGACCCCCGAUGGCGCUUUGACGCCGGCAUCCUGAAGGACGUCCUGCUGGGGGAGUCUGGUCUGAGCGCCGACGAGCAAACGUUUCAGCCCAAAAUGAGGCUGUAUGGGUCGACGCCCCCAAUCGUCGAUUCGGUGUGGAAGGCCUUUGAGCAGCACGACAUCAAGGUCAGGACCUUUGCGAGGAGCUCCUGGACCCGGCGCGAAAAGGAGGUCGACACGGAGCUCAUCGCGGACUCGGUCGAGGAGGCCUCGGAGGCCUACUACACUGGCAUCCCGGCCGUUUUCAUCAUCGUCUCGGGGGACCGGGACGUCCGCUCUGCCGUGGUCAAGAUCGUGGGCAGGGGCUUCCCGGUCCACAUUUGGGCUUGGAAGAACGGCAUCGCCAAGGCAUUCACCAGGGAGGACCCAGACAUCAACCCGGACCUGUUUAAGGCGCACCUGCUGGACCCGCACCUCGAGGACAUGGGCCUGACCCGCACCACCUUCCGCGUCGACCGCAGCGUCAUCAACCCGCACAGCAUCGUCGUGCUGGACCCCAUGUCCAAGGUCGACGAGGUCGAGAACUUUCUCAACCAGCUCAGGACCCCGGCGUACCGCUACGAGAUCCCGGACCAGCGAGGGGGCGGCGGAUCCAACGACCUCGCCAUCAUCCCGGCCCAGGCCUCCAUCAUGAAGGCCGAUGAGCUGCGGAGCCUGUACAUGGAAUGCAAGGACAAGCUCGAGAGGAAGGGGCUCCGCGUGCUCUCCUACCAGGAGUACUCCCAGAAGUAUCUACUAGGCGGCGGCGGCACAGAGAGCACCCUGGCCGUAUCCAACCAGUUCAAGGAGCUCGGCGGGGACGACGAAGAGCGUAAUGAGGACAGCGGCGGCGACGGCCACCACCAGGGCGCGGACCAAGACGCGACGGCCACCAGCUCCCAACAAACGCCCUUCGACGGCGACGGCGACGGUGACGACGGUUUCGAGGAGGUCAACGGGCGGCUGAGGCAGCAGCAGAGCCGGCUGAGGAAGGGCGACGAAAGCCUGCAGAUCCGAUGCAACUGGCGCGAGUUCUGUGAGCGCGGGCUCGACUGCAAGUUCGGCCACACCAAGCCGGAGCGGGAAAGCUUCAGCGUCUACGGCAUCAAGAAGGCCAAGAAGUACAAGCUCUGCACGCGCGACGGCUGCCUGGCCGGGGCGCGCUGUGGGUACGCCCACGGGUCGGCGGAGCUGUUCUGCCCGACUUGCGGCAAGACGGGGACGCAUGAGAUGCACUUGUGCCCCGAAAGGUCGUCGUUUCUGAGUGCGCGGCGGAAUUACAGCCGAUAAGUGGUCGUUUAGGACUUUGUAGCGGUCUCCCGCCAUGCCCCUUCCUGGAUACGUUUUUAUAGCAGGAAAAAAAAACGAUACAAAAACCAACAAAAGCUCGCCCGGUCGCCUUGCGGGGACCGGGUUACGAAAGCCCUUGGCGGGCUUUACUUCGAAGCUCUUAUCUUUCAACCGAGUGCCCUUUACUACCAGGAACUUUAUACCCUAAAGGGACACCUGACAACACUCGUACUCGAACUCACGACCUGGGUGUACUAUGCCUCACGCAUGGAAGAAGGGGAGAUUUCUCUGCCACUCGACCAUUCCGUUUGCCGCGGGAGCUUGUUGAAAGCAAUGCUCCUGGACGGACUGAUAUGUGCACUGGCGCGCCCUCGCUUCUCCUUCCUCGAGAUGGGAUGCCAGUGGUGACUGGCGCAACAUGGG